UCAUCCCCCAUUUCCCUCGGUGGCUGAGAGGCCCGCCACGGCAGACACCUCCCACUGCGGCAGGUCACCUAGAUGGGUCCUGAAGAACUUUACCAGCUGAGGUACCGCACGAGCAGACAGCACCGGCAGCGUGUAGGUGAUCAGACAGAACAGCGCCUCCCCACUGCGGCCCGUCCCCUUGGCCAGUGCGAUGCCCUCUCCAUACUCGGGGCCGCCCCGCCGACCGUACACGAGCGGCGGAUGGAAGCGGUGUACUUCGAAUCGCUCUCCCUCCAACACAAAGCCCGACCCGAUGGUGGUGUCCCGGUCGUCCAGGGCGGUCAGGUAGGACCGAAUCUCCGACUCCUGCACCGCGGCUGCACUGCUGGUCCGGGCGAUGAUGUGGCCCUUGCCGUCGAACACUAUGGCGCGGGCCCACUCCUUCUGACUCUCCAACAGGCUCUGAAGCGACGGGGCAGUCGUGCUCGACGGUGCACUCAUCGCUGAGGAGCUUCACGUCACUUUGUUCACCAGAUCCUCAGAGUUUCCAUAGCGUAGCUUUGCCUCGUCGUUUCAGCAUCAUUAUGCACGCCAUCUCCGCCAGCAGCUCCAUCCUGCCUCACUUCGAAGGGUGCUCCGAUCGAAC